CGUCCCACCUCCUUUGCUCGCACACCCACCUGCGCGCAAAUAUUUACACAUCGCCACACCAGAGAAAUGCACACAUGCACACACCUUUUCCUGCAAACACUCUCGCGCACGUCUUUCCGCGGCUGCCUGUGUCCUGUCUCUCACCCAGACACAGACACUUAUACACGUAGGCCAGAAAAGCGCAACCCACGGUCCUGUGACUCCCUCCACGCAGGUCCUCGGAACACGCCGCCGCCGUUUACAUUGAACCGAUCGGCGAGCACAGACAAACCUACCAACAAGUCUACUGGCUGGAAUUCAUCUCCAUGGCAACAAACAUGGAAGGCGGAGAACUGAUUCCUGCAGGGACGCUGGAGAACCCCCACAAUGCACCAGUGAAGGAUGAGUAGCACCUACUGCGGCAAUUCCUCAGCUAAGAUGAGCGUCAACGAAGUCUCUGCCUUCUCCCUGACCCUGGAGCAAAAGACUGGCUUUGCCUUUGUGGGCAUCCUGUGCAUUUUCUUGGGGCUUCUUAUUAUCAGAUGCUUCAAAAUCCUAUUAGACCCAUAUAGUAGCAUGCCCUCUUCAACGUGGGAAGAUGAAGUGGAGGAAUUUGAUAAAGGGACCUUUGAGUAUGCCCUUGCCUGAUGGCAGCCUAAGCUUCACGCUUUUUCUAGUUGCCGUUGGGACACAUGGUAGACACGUUCGUAAUUAGCUUGACUGUGCUGCUCUGAGAGGAUCAUUUCAUUCACGAAAUUCAAUAAACAUCUGUGAUUGACCUAUCUACCA